GAUGAGACCAUCCAUCCUCUUGACAGCUGACCAGCCAGUCUGGCCACCAAAUAAAUUAAUAGACGGAUUGGUCACGUGGGCAGGCCUCCUGGUGCCUUUACCCCCAUGGGCAAUAUACCAGGAAGGCUGUUAUGGGAAGAUGGUGAAGAUGGGAAACUGCAUCCAUGUUAUGAUGCCCACGUUUACAAACAAGCCCUCCCCACAUGACAACCGCGUACACGGAGAUGAAGUGGAAAACAGCAGGUUUGACGAUACUUCACCUUUCUCAUUCCUCAGACUCCAACCCACUUUGAUUCUGAAAGAUUUGACUGUUGUUUCCGGUCAGUCAGCUUGCCGAAGCAGUCAGAUUUCCGUCAUACUACUCAGAAUAAAAAUGGCAUCAGGAGAUGAGCUUCCAUCCCAUCUCGCUGUCGAUACCUCCAACGUUCAAAUUCUUCACUCUGAGACCUCAAAAAGACUUGUCGAAAAUUUUGUAAUCGCUCUCAUGAACAAGGAGCGUUUCUACAUCCGCACAUUCUUUUCGACAUACAAAGCAUAUACCACUGCUGAAAGUGUGUUGUACAUCCUCCUGGACAAAUAUGGAAGCUUUGACACCUCAGAGGCAGAAGAGAUUCCAGUAAUCGAUUCAGUGAGCACAAACAGCGGGAACAAUGCUAACAUUCCGAGCUGUGAGGAGCUUGAAAAUCCAAUUCCUCCAGAGACAGUUGCUGAGAUCAGAAAGUCCAAAACCUUUGACAGCCCCAACUCUGAUAAAGUUGAAGAACCAAGUUCACCGAAAGCGACUGCAGAAAUUUCAAAUUCUGGAAAUGUUGACAGUGCAAAUGGUGAGGAAAAUGGAAGUUGUGGUUCUUCAGGAUCCAGCGAAAUAAUUGCUAACUGUGAAAGUGUUGAAUCCAAACACUGUCCGAAUUCUGAUGAAAUUCAGAAUUUAAGUUCACCGGAGAAGGGAGCGACAGUUAAGAAAAGCAUAGACUUCAACAGAUCAAGCUUUCUAGGAGAAUAUAAUUUCAGUCCUGCAGAAAAGGAAACACUAAUGAAAAUUGCUAUUCCUGAAAUUCUCGAAAUCUGGCUGGAGGAAUCUGCCGAAGACUUUCGUCAAGUUCCAACUUACUCUUGUCUCCGGAAGGUACUUUCCUACUUGAACCAAACAGUGCCAGGGUCAGAUGCUGAACAUCGGGCCCAGAAACUCGUGAGUCGGUUUUUGGCGGAGGAAACAGCGGAGAAAGAGAUGUUCAAAGGCUACCGUAGAAGAGUCAGAUUCUAUGUGGGAGAAGAACACGACCAAACCAUCGAACAAGUUGACGAAAAGCUCCUGUCCUACCCAUCACGCUUCAUUGCAGAGCAGCUGACUUUUAUGGAUGCUGAUCUUUUUCGGAAACUUGUGCCCAGCCAAUGUUUAGGGUCCAUCUGGUCUCAACGAGGGAAGGAAGAAAAACAGCAUCUGGUAUCAACCGUCCAGGCCACCAUGACACAGUUCAAUAAUGUUACAAAAUGUGUCACCAGCACCAUAUUAAGACGUCAACAGUUGAAACCAUGGCAGACGGCUAAAAUCAUUGAGAAAUGGAUUGAUGUUGCCCAGGAAUGUAGGAUUUUGCAGAAUUUCUCGUCAGUGCAUGCUAUUACCACUGCAUUGCAAUCAAAUAGUGUGUUCAAUUUGAAGAAGACUUGGGCAGCCGUGUCAAAGAGCAGUAAGAUAACAUUUGAAGACCUUUCAAACAAUGAAGAAGAUAACUUUGUAGCAAGUAGAGAGCUGCUAAUGGAGGAUAUCGUUCAGGGAAUUGUGCCGUACCUGGGAACUUUCUUAACAGAAUUUUCAGCACUGGAUUCGGCUUUCCCGAAUUACCAUUCAAAUGGCUUGAUCAACUUUGACAAGAGACAAAAACUCCUCUGAACUCGAGAAACCGCCAAAGCCCAAAAAGAGUGUGUUUAAACGCCUCAGCUGCCUGUUUUCAAAGAGAGGUGUUAAAAUACACAACACUCAAACUAAAAGCUCUGAG